AUGAUUUUCGUCGACCACUGCAUAUUUGCCCACUUUCUUUUUAUCUAUAUAUGCCAAAUCCGAUUUUCAAUGGGUUUCUUUCUUUCUUUCUUUCUUUCUUUCGUCCAUGCUUGUUUUCUUUCUCUCUUCUUUUCUUUUUCUCUCUUCCUAUUUUUCUUGUUUUUUUUUAUUUCUCUCUCUCUCUCUCUUUCUUCCUUCCUUCAUUUCACUCUCUUUCUUUCUUUCUUUCUUCUUUGUUCUCUUUCUUAUUUUCUUACUUUGUUCCUUUCUGUUCUUUCUUUCUUUUUUCUUUCUUUCUUUCUUUCUUUCUUUCUUUCUUUCGUCCGUUCUUGUUUUCUUUCUCUCUUCUUUUCUUUUUCUCUCUUCCUAUUUUUCUUGUUUUUUUUUAUUUCUCUCUCUCUCUUUCUUCCUUCCUUCAUUUCACUCUCUUUCUUUUUUUCUUUCUUUCUUCUUUGUUCUCUUUCUUAUUUUCCUACUUUGUUCCUUUCUGUUCUUUCUUUCUUUCUUUCUUUCUUUCUUUCUUUCUUUCUUUCUUUCUUUCUUUCUUUCUUUCUUUCUUUCGUCCGUGCUUGUUUUCUUUCUCUCUUCUUUUCUUUUUCUCUCUUCCUAUUUUUCUUGUUUUUUUUUAUUUCUCUCUCUCUCUUUCUUCUUUCCUUCAUUUCACUCUCUUUCUUUCUUUCUUUCUUUCUUUCUUUCUUUCUUUCUUUUUUUCUUUCUUUCUUUUUUUCUUUCUUGUUUGUUUUCUUUCUUACUUUGUUCUCUUUCUGUUCUGUCUUUCCUUCUUUAUUUAUUUCUCACUCUGUCGUUGUGCUGGUCACUCAUUCUCCAUCUCUCUCGCAACCUCUUUCCUUCUGCUUCCAACCUAUUUUUCUCACCCAUUCUCUCCCAGUGCCUCGCGUUUCUCUAUCUUACCCUUUCUUUCUCCCGCACUCUAACUCAGUCUGUCUCCCUCUUCAUGUUACACAAUCUGUCUAUCUCUCUCCUUCACGCUCUCUAUACCUCACCAGUCUUGUUUGUCUGCCAGUAAACAACUCUCUCUCUCUUCUCUCUCUCUCUCUCUCUCUCUCUCUCUCUCUCUCUCACACUAUUACUGUCACCCGCCCUUUGUCUCUCUCUCUCUCUCUUUUUCCUCUCUCUCUCUCUAUCUCUUUCUCUCUAUCUCUUUCUCUCUCUCUGUCUCUUUUUUUUUUCCAAUCUUUUUUUUCUCUUUUGAUAUUCAUUAAUGGACGUUGUCUAUCUUCCUGCGUCCCUUUCUUUGAUAGGUAUGUUCAAAUUAACAAUAUUUGUCCAUUUAGCUAUCGAGCGAAAGACAUCGCUAUUCACCCAUUUUAUCCCUUUUCCUAUCCCUUUCUUAUUGUCCCAGUCAAUACUAAUACUUAG